AUGGAGGUGCCGGGCUUCGCCGAUUCUCCGUGCCGCCCGAGGAGCGCGCGGUACGCGGUGAAGGGGUACCCCAACUACGCGGAGGAGCCCGACUUCUGCGGCCCCGCCACGCCGUGCCGUCCGCGGACCGCGCGGCAUGCCCGGAAGGGGUGCCUCGACUACGCCGUGCCGCCCGAUGCCCGCGCCGUCCACGCGCCGUGCCGCCCACGGAGCGCACGGGACGCCGACAAGGGGUGCCUCGACUACGCCGAGCUGCCCGACGUCCGCGCCUCCACCGCGCCGUGCCGUCCACGGAGCGCGCGGUAUGCCGAGAAGGGGUACCCCGACUACGCCGAGCCCGAUGACUUCACCGACCCCGCGCCGCGCCGCCCACGGAGCGCGCCGCACACCGAGAAGGGGUGCCCGGACGACGCAGGGUCCGUCGGGCGCCUCGGGCACAAGAGGGACGAGGGAGGCGUCCCGGUAAAGAAGCCGGUGCUGCAUUACGUAAGGAGGAAGCAGAGGGAGGCUGCCAAGGCCGCGGAGACGGCGGUGGACAUGCUCGUUCCGUUGCUCCAGGGCAUGGAGGUGGAGUCCGACGCGGUGGCGCUGGACGGGAGAAAGAGGCGCAGGACGGUCACCGCGCCCAUGGCAACGGCGAUGACUGCAUGCGAGGUUUUGGCGCUGCCCAAGGACAACGAGGAGGUGGCGCCCGUGGAUGGUGGGGCCGAUGAGCAUGGCGGUGGCGGCAAGAGCUGGAGGUUGCGUGUGAAGGAAACGCUGCGGGCUUUCAGCAGUAAUUACCUUCACUUUGUGCAGGAGGAACAGCAAAGGGAGCAGGCUGUAAGGCAAGAGCUGAAGGCCUCCAGGGCUCUCAAGCGUCAGACUAACAACCAAGAUGACGAAGAUUUUGAAGAAGUCAAACGGCCAUCAAAGCGCCCUGAUCUGAAAGCAUUAACAAAGAUGCAAGCGACCAAUGCCGUACUUUAUCCAGAGAAGAGGAUAGGGCAUCUUCCUGGGGUUGAUGUUGGAGAUCAAUUCUACUCACGUGCUGAGAUGGUUGUGCUAGGCAUACAUGGCCAUUGGAUGAAGGGUAUAGAUUAUAUUGGUUCAAAACAUCAAGAUAAGCCAGGGUAUCAAGAUUUAAUUUUCCCUCUUGCCACCUGCAUUGUAAUGUCGGGGGCAUAUGAAGAUGAUUUUGACAAAGCUGACGAAAUUAUUUACACUGGCGAAGGAGGGAACAAUUUGCUUGGCAACGGUCACCAGAAAACUGAACAAACGUUGCUUCGGGGAAACUUGGCACUGAAGAAUAGCAAGGAUAAUGGCAACCCUAUACGGGUUAUUCGUGGGCAUAUAGAAAAGAACAGCUACACUGGAAAAGUGUACACCUAUGAUGGAUUGUACAAGGUAGUGGAUUGCUUGUCAGAGAAAGGAGUGCGCGGGCAUUUGGUUUUCAAAUUCAGAUUGAAGCGUCUUGAAGGUCAACCACCUUUGACAACUUCCAGGGUGCUGUUUAAUCGUGGAGAUGUUCACAUGCCAAUUUCUGAAUUACCUGGGUUGGUUUGUCGGGACAUCUCUUAUGGGCAGGAGAACAUUCCAAUUCCUGCUACAAAUUUAGUUGAUGAUCCUCCUGUUCCUCCAUCUGGCUUUGUGUACUCUAAGUCACUGCAGAUUCCAGAAUAUAUCAAGAUGCCAGCUGACAGUAUGGGUUGCAAUUGCAAAGGAGAUUGUUCUAGCUCUACACACUGUUUGUGUGCUGAUCGCAAUGGCUCUGAUCUACCAUAUGUGUCCACACAAAAGAAAGUGCGUGCUAAGCAUCUGGAUUCUACACAUAAGAAUGUUGGAAGGUUGGUGGAGCCCAAAGCAGUUGUGUUUGAGUGUGGUGCUAAUUGUAGCUGCCACUGCAGCUGUGUAAAUAGAACAUCCCAGCAAGGAUUGCAAUACCGCCUAGAGGUGUUCAAGACUGAGUUAAAAGGUUGGAGUGUAAGAACGUGGGACACUAUUCUUCCUGGGGCACUCAUCUGUGAAUACACUGGGGUACUGAGGAGAAACGCUGAAGUUGAAGGUUUGCUGGACAACAACUACAUAUUUGAUAUAGACUGUCUUCAGACCAUUAAAGGCCUGGAUGGGAGGAAGCAAAGGUCUGGCUCAGAACUGCAUAUGGCAUCUCUUCAAGACGAGCAUGACUUGGAGGCUUCUCAAGCCCCAGAGUAUUGCAUUGAUGCUGGUUCCAUUGGCAACAUUGCGAGGUUCAUAAAUCAUAGCUGCCAACCGAACCUUUUCAUCCAGUGCGUAUUGAGCUCACAUAGAGAUAUCAAGCUAGCAAAAAUCAUGCUUGUUGCAGCUGAUACCAUACCACCUCUUCAGGAACUCUCGUAUGACUACGGGUAUGGAAUGGACAGUGUCAUUGAUCCAGAUGGCAAUGUUGUCAAGUUAGCUUGCCAUUGUGGUGCCUCUGACUGCCGAAAGUGGCUCUAUUAG